GCCUUGCAUGCACUUUCUGUAUCUAAGCUAAAACUGCUUCUACAACAACUUUUUUUUUCUUAAAACGGAACAACAGUAGAGCUGUGUAAGGGUCGUUUGGUUUGCGGAUUAGAAAGCAAUUUUCGAGGUGGAACUCCAACAUCAUGGGAAACUGCAUGGAGACAUGUGCGCAGAAGCAGCAAGAGGAGGAUCAAAUGCAGCAGAUGCAGAAGCAGGAAGGAGAUGAGAUUAGGUUUGGGAAGGAAGGCAUCAAUUCAGGGAAAGAUGGAAAAUCGAGGGUAAAGAUUGUGCUGACGAAAGAAGAGUUGGAGAUGUUGAUGCUUCAGCUGCAAGACAAAGGAGGGAAGAAGUGCUUAGAAGAAGUAUUGGAGGAGAUCCAGAAAGGCAGAGGCAAAUUAGUACUAGUUGAAGAAGCUUGGAAGCCUUCUUUGGACAGUAUCAUGGAAUGCCCUGAAUUAAUUGAAGAUAUGGAUAGAUAGCACUACUGAUUAAAUCCAAACCUUCUUCUUCUUCUUUCUUUUUGUUCAUUCUUUAACUCUGUUUUGUAAGAGUUCUGAUUUGGGUGGUCGAUGACCCCAGUUCUGUAAUUAUUAGUUAACAGCGACUAUAUAUAUAUAUG